UGUUUUCCAUUAUUUUAUUUCUAUUUUACAGUCCCUAGUACCUACUCCUUCAUUUUUCACCUUUUUUUAUAUAAAAUUUUGUUUUAGCUUUAAUGUUUGAAAUUAUUAUAUGUGAUCAAUUUUUGCGAACCCCAAGUUGAAUGAAGCUGCGAUGGGAAACUCGCAUGCUAAAAAGCGUGACACUCAAUUUUCCAGAAACGUUGUUGAAGGGAGAGUUCCCUCUCCGAAAAACAAAACCUUGUCGCCGUCACCGUCGCUAGAACCACCACUACCACGAGAACCACCACCACCAGCAGCUAUGUCUUUGAAUAAGGGUUCGGGGAAACUGUCUGCCAAAGAGAAAUAUGCUCUGAUUCCCGAUAACUUCACCACCCUAGAACAGGUUACAAUUGCCUUGAGGAAGGAAGGUUUAGAAUCAUCAAAUCUUGUCCUUGGAAUUGAUUUCACAAAAAGCAAUGAAUGGACUGGAAGUGUCUCAUUCAACAAUAGAAGCCUGCAUGCUAUUGGAAGUACACCUAACCCCUAUGAGAAAGCCAUCUCUAUUAUUGGCAAGACUCUGGCUCCUUUUGAUGAUGACAACUUGAUUCCUUGUUUUGGCUUUGGUGAUGCCACCACUCAUGAUCAAGAAGUGUUUAGCUUUCACAGUGAUAAUUCACCUUGCCAUGGUUUUGAGGAAGUUUUAGCUUGCUAUCAAAAAAUUGUUCCAAACUUGAGACUGUCAGGACCAACAUCUUAUGCUCCAGUGAUUGAGGCCGCAAUAGAUAUAGUUGAGAAAAGCCAUGGCCAAUUCCAUGUGUUAGUUAUUGUUGCAGAUGGCCAGGUAACAACAAGUGCUGCGUCUGAGGAUGGAGAACUCAGUCCACAAGAAGCGAGGACAAUCAAAGCAAUAGCUGAUGCAAGUUCAUAUCCCCUUUCUAUUAUUCUGGUUGGAGUUGGUGAUGGACCUUGGGAAGACAUGAAGAAGUUUGAUGACAAGAUACCAGCUCGCGACUUUGACAAUUUUCAGUUUGUUAACUUCACUGACAUAAUGGCUAAGAAAUCAAGCCCCUCAGAAAAAGAAGCUGCUUUUGCUCUGGCUGCUCUAAUGGAGAUACCCUUCCAAUAUAAAGCAGCCACUGAACUUGGACUACUUGGUCGUGCAACAGGAAGAUCAAAUAAAAUAGUUCCAAGACCUCCUCCAGCACCAUAUUCCCAGCUUGUGCCACCAGCUCGUGUUCUGAGCAAUACGCCAACUUUCAUGGAUGAUGAAAGAAAUCAAAUGGCAUGUGCUAUUUGUCUAACAAAUAAAAAAGAUUUGGCCUUUGGAUGUGGUCACAUGACUUGUAGAGAAUGUGGAUCUAGGUUAACCGAUUGUCCGAUAUGUCGUCAGAGGAUCACCAAUCGUCUCAGGGUGUUUUCUAGCUGAUUGAAGAAUGGAAAAAUGUAUAAUGUAUAAUUUGACUAAGGUUAUGUUUAGAUGAAUUUCUCCUAAAACUGUUUGUUUAGAUAAUAUUUUUCAUAAGUAUUUAUAGGAGAAGAAAAUAAGAAAGUAAAAUAAAUUGAGUUUCUCCCAUGAGUUAAAAUCAACAUUUCACUUCAACUUUUGGAAAAGUUCGAUGGAAGAACUUGUAUAUAAGUUAAAGUGCAUAAAUUAUUUUUAACUUAUGAAAGAAACUUAAUUUGGUUUACAUUUAAUUUUUUUUUUUUGUAAGACCUUAUGGAAUAUUUAUCUGAACAGGGCUAAGAAGAUAAGUGUCUUCUAUACAUUUGUUGGUGUGGCUUUCAAGAGUGCCCAAGAACAACCGUGUUAUUGCAUAGAAAAGGUGGCUUCGCAAUGUAGGGAUGAUUUAGGAGUCGAGAAAAUUGUGCAUGUAUUUGUUAGUAGUUGUUCAAUUAGGCCAUGUCCCAUGUGUCUGAAUUUGAAUAAUUGUAUUUUAACUAAUGCACAUUGUACAUAUUAUUUAUAUGUACCUAUGUUAAAACUUUAUGUAUGGUUAGAGAUUGUGCAAAAUAUCCAUUGGAAUCCCAUACUUGCUAUUA